GCUAGGACCCGGGUGUCCGGGAUCGGAGCAGGAAGCAGGAGCCGGCGGCGGCAGUGGGGCCCGUGGAGCCGGGAGCGGGGUUGUUGGGAGUGGACGGCGUGGGGCCGGGGCACCCCACAGCCCCGGCCCCGCUAUGCGUGUGCUGGGGCAGUUGCUGCUGCUGGUGGCGGUGGCGGGUGGGCACGGGACCCCCCGCGACACCCUGGCAUGCUCCCAGGGCCUCGCCUGCCGCCUCCUGGACACCGAUGUGCUGUGUGGGAUGGAGCUGCCGGGGCCCAGCCAUGGGCCGGCCCUGGCUCGGCUGCAGCUGGAGCCGGCGCUGCGCUGCACUGGGCCCACGGCCUGCUCGCCCUGCCUGGCGGUGCGCCUGCGCCUAGCCGUGCCGCCUGGCAUCAGCACCAGCAAGCCCCGCCGCCCUGUGCCGUCGGUCAUCCCUGGGGCAGAGGAUGGCGAUGAGGGGGGACAGUCGUCACUGAUGGAUGGGGCUGCCUGGUCCCAGCCCAAUGUCAGUGGGCUGCUGCUGCUCUCUGGGCACACCUAUGCCUCCUCCCGCUGCGUGGCCGUGGAGGUAGGGGCGCCCCUGGCCCCUGCACUGCCUGGCCGACCCCUGGGCUGGGUGACCUUCCAGUGCUUCGAAGCGCCGCUGGGCUCUGAGAUCCAUGUCACGGCGUACAUCAACUCGCGUGGCCGCCGGAAGCUGAGCCAGUGGCAGUGGGUGCCAGACUGCUCGUGGCCUGUGGCACAGACUGCCAUUCCCCAGUGCCAAGUGCCCAGGCUGCAGGUCUCCCCGGGGCCAAAGGAGGUGGUCGUGGAGGUGCAGGGGGCCGCGGCAGGACACAGCUACACCCUCUGGCUCUAUCACAACCAGAGCCAUGGCACUGGUGGGUCAGGGCGUGUGGUGACUGCGAGUGGCCCCAUGAACUACAGUCUGCCAGUUGAUGAGGUGCUCCCCUGCCUCUGCCUGCAGGUCUGGCCAGAGACCCAGGAUCCACCACGGGCCACCAUGUGCCCCUUCUCCCAUGAUACCAAUGCCUGGGAGCGGCUGUGGGCACGCAGCCAGCUGGUGCUGCACUCUGGGGGGCAGGCGUUGACCUGCUCCCUCUCAGCCCCCUGUGACCUCCCGGCCAAGCUGGUGCCCUGCUGGCAGCCAGAGCCCACAGGGCCCUGCCAAGCCCUGCCCGGCCUGCAGCAGCCUGCUGUGGGGCAGGGACCCCAGGAUUUUGGGGGGCUGCAGCUGCACCCCAACCUCUGUGUGCAGGUGUGGAGCAGCGGGCAGGUCCGGCUGACCCAGUGCCUGCGGGACCGAGCGCUUCCUGGCCGCACCGAUGACCUCCUGCUGCUGGAGCACAGGGAGGAUGGUGGGAAUACCUCGCUGUGUGCCCUGGAAUGGGGCGCCUGCAACCCCCUCGCCAGCAUGGGCUCUGGGCACCCUGGGCUGCUGGAACAGGAGCUGCAUCGGGAUGUGGCGACGGGGCAGUGCAGGCCGGUCUGGCAACCUAAGAACAGCACUGGGGUCAUGCUCUGGGCUUGUCCCCUGCACAAGUACCUGCGUACCCGCUGGGUGCUGGCGUGGAUGGGGAUGCUGCUGGGAGCUGCCUGCCUCCUGCUCCUGCUCCUGCUGAAGAAGGAGAAUGUGAAAGGCUGGCUGAAGUCCCUGAGGGCUGACUAUGGCUCCGAGGGCCUGCUGCGAGGCCGGCGGGCACUGCUGGUUCAUGCGGCGGAGCCAGUGGCAGAGCGAGCAGCGUGUGCCUUGAUGGCGGCCCUGCACCCACUGGGGCUGGCAGUGGUGGUGGCACCGGGAGGUGGCAGCGGGGUAGCAGCAUGGGGGCCGCUGCCCUGGCUGCAUGCCCAGCACCAGCGGGCGCUGCAUGAUGGUGACACCAUCAUCCUCCUCCUCUCUCCGGCAGCUGUGGCUGCUGCACACCAGUGGGACACCAGGGCUGGGGCUGUGCCGGGGGCCGGGGCCACUGGAAGUGGCCCCGGCCCCCGGCACAGCUCCAGCCCUGAUGAUGUCCCUGCUGUAGCACCCUGUGAGGUGUUCGCAGCGGCUCUGUCCUGUGCUGUGCCAGUGCUGGAAGCGGGCAAUGGUGGGCACUACGUGGUGGCCUGGCUUGAGGCCUUGGUGCCGGCAGUGCCGGUUGCACUGCGGGCAGCCCCUGCCUUCGCCCUGCCCAGUGAGACUGGGGGUUUCCUGCGGGCACUGGCAGGACCGGGUCGGUGGCAGGGCCGGUGGCUGGAGCCGUAUGUGGCAGCAGUGGCUGAGGGGCUGCGGCGGGCGGUGGGGGAAUAAAGUGGUGACAGUGGCUUUGA